CAAUGUAAAGGAAAGACUUUAUUUCAAAAGAAUUUGCAGUGUCAAACAUGUUCAGGGAUGAUUUGCGAUCAUUCGCAAAUGAGAAGUUGUCCAGGACUACUGCCUCUCUGCCAAUAUGGGCUAUCAGUGGAUGGCAGUACAUUGAAGUUUCAAAGAUCCUGCAGCACAUACAACAACUGCCUUGAAGCUUUCAGAAACAAUUCCCUUACAUGCAAAAAUUGGUCCAAUGGCACUGCUUGUGUUGCUUGUUGCAGAGACAACUUAUGCAAUAAGAAUGAUUUCCCUGGUUGGACGCAUUCCUUUGAACUUCAUCUGAUUUUUACCGUGGACGCAUAUUCGACUUUUAAGAAGUUAACUGAAAAUGUAAACACCACAGAAAACGUAUCUAGAGCUGUGGAACACGAGUUAUUAACCUUGACAGGAGUAUUUAAAGUUGAAUAUUGUAGCUCGGAGAAAAGCUCAGUGGUGUUUACUAUUUACUGUACAGUCCUCAUUGGAACUAAAGAUCGAGUUUUGCAAAAUCUUUACAAAAUUUUGAAUACAUCCCAAACAUUGCGUUACUCGGGAAUAAACCAGUUAAGGUGA